AUGGCAGACAACAUCACGAUCCCCGCUGCCCUCAAGGCCGCCGAUAUCAACCUCUGGAAAUGCGCGACAAAGGCCCUCCAGCUCCAAUCAGUAAAACCGGAGAUUGCAUAUUGGUGUAUGUACAAGAAGCAAAGCAAAGCCAAAGCUGAGCACCCGAACGAAGAUGCCUACACAGACGAUGAGGUCGGCCAGGCCGUCGUCGACAGAUUCGCACAGGAAACCCUUGAUCGCGCCGAGCGAGUGGUCAAGGCAAACAAAGUGACACAGCAAACGGCCAUGACAUUCGACGCCGCCGCUACCUUCUUCCAUCUGGUCAACAUCUGGGGCCCUGCCGACGAAGAGACGCAACAAAAGAUUAAAUAUGCAAAGUGGAAUGCCGCACGCAUCGCAAAGGCUAUCAAGGAGGGCAAGGACCCGAACGAGUCCAACCCGAAACGCGAAGAACCCCAACAGCCCGCCUUGGACCCCAGUGAUCCAGAAGUUCAGGCAUUGACCGGGUCGGUCGAAAAGAAAUCACCACCACCCCUUUCCGUCACAGUGGAGGAAGUUCUAGACAGAGACUUGCAGAGGACGGACGCUGCCGGCGUGUCUUUGCCAGUCAGCCCAGCCUCGGCUGGCCCAUCCCCGAUAUCCGAAGCCGAACUCAAGUUGCCCGGUGUACCCAGUGGGCUUACUGACCCAGCACCGUCAACAGUCUCCUUGGACUCGGACACUCCGGUCUCAGCUCCCACACAUAACCCUGUCAACUACAGGCCUGAGCCCGAUCUGCCAUCCGCUCCGAGCGCACUGUCAUCCUACCCUGAUCCUGAUAUCUCGAUGCCUGAUGCGGGCGCUGCAGCUUGGACGCCGGAUGCUGAUCGCCAGCCUCCUGCUCCGCCCGUGGUUCCUCCCACGUUUGCUCCCAGUGCACCGUCAACAGCUGCUGUGGCAUCACCGCCUGUCAACCAGCCGACUGACUUUUACUUCCAGAACCCAGCUCCUCCAGCUCCCCAAACUCCUGCAGUUCCCAGUCUACAGCCAGUGCCUCCUGCACUAGCUGUCCCUGCAUCCACUUAUGCCUCUUCGCAAGUUACUGGAGGCUUCACAACAGACGAAGCUGCCAUGGCUUCGGCUCAGAAGCACGCCAAAUGGGCGAUUUCAGCAUUGAACUUUGAAGACGUCCCUACGGCGGUGAAGGAGCUAAGGAAAGCGUUGGAGAUCUUGGGUGCAGCGUAG